AUGCUGCAACUUGGUCAACAGGCGAAGCCUGCCUGUGUCGGCUCGACUGCUGCCGGUACAGUCGGAAAUCGAGACCCAGAGUUCAAAGACACUUAUGGUGCCGAUCUUGCCAGACUUUGCAAACCAUCAUCUUUUUCCAAGGCGAUCAUAGCCUCUGCCAGAUCCCAGCAGUGGCAAACUGGACUCGAAGUCCUGUCAAGCAGCUCUUCUACCAGAAUAGUACCGGGCAUUUACGGUUUUAGUGCUACCAUAUCGGCCUGCCAGAAAGGCUUGCAGUGGCAGCGUGCACUCGGACUUUUGCAACAGAUGGCAUCGGCCCAGACUGUGCCAAACGAGGUUAGCUUCGGUGCAUGUAUCAGCGCACAUGCAAAUGUCGGUGACUGGUCAACGGCCACCCAGCUUCUGUUUCAGAUGCGACCAGCCAGCGUUGUCCCAAACGACCAAUGUUUAAAUGCAGGCAUCAGUGCGUGUGAGCGGGGUGGUGAGUGGCAGAUAUCUCUGCAUCUGAUUUCAGAGAUGCCGACCGUCAGAGUUGUGCCGGACUUGAUCAGCUUCAACGCCUGCAUCAGCGCCUGUGAGAAAGGAGGUGAGUGGCAGUUAGCCAUUUAUUUGCUUUCACGUAUGCCGAUGGCCAAGGUGGUUCCGGACGUUAUCAGUUUUAGUGCCAGCAUCAGUGCUUGCGAGAAGAGUGAUCAGUGGCAGAUGGCUCUGGACUUGCUGUCACGAAUGCCACAGGCCAGAGUUCUUCCAAACGUCUUUAGCUACAGUGCCGGCAUCAGCGCAUGUGAGAAACGGUCUGUGUGGAAGAACGCUUUGAUCCUCUUCUCGCGAAUUCCAGAAGCCGCCGUCGCACCUAAUCAGGUCAGUUUCAGUGCUGCUAUUAGUGCCUGCGAAAAGAAGGUGAAGUGGCGGAUGGCGUUGCUGUUCUUUUCCUGCAUGCCGAUAGCCAGAGUGUUGUCUGACGUUAUCAGUUUCAGCGCCGCCAUAAGUGCAUUUGAGAAAGGCUGUCAGUGGCAGAUGGCACUGUUCUUGUUUUGGCAGAUGUCGGAAGCCAGGGUUGUGCCAGACCUUGUCAGCUUCAAUGCCAGCAUCAGUGCAUGUGAGUCAAGCGCUGGGCAGAAAUCCAACUACAAUUUUUCGCUGAUGCCGUCAGCCAGACUUGCCCCGGAUAUUGUCAGACAAGGUGCCGGUAUCAUUGCUUGUGACGAAGUUUGCCAGUGGCAGAGGGCAUUGCUUCUGCUCACGCAUGCCUUGGCAGUUAGGGUCGUGCCAGACCAGAUCAGCUUCAACGCGGCCAUUGGUGCAUGUCGUGACUGGCAGGCAACACUCCAGCUUUUGUUGCAGAUGGCGGCAACCCGAGUUCUGCGAGAUAAGGACAGUUUCCAAGUCGGCAUUGCGGCAUACUUGAAAUCCUGA